AUGUCUUUGAGUUACGAGAGGUACCAGGGCUGUAGUCCAGUCUACAGCGAUUUUAUCGGAUACAAGGGCGACGUCAUUUCGGACACGAACCUGAACUUUUCAGAAAAUUCAAACGAUUUAUCAAACAAGGUAAGGAGUAGUCUUGGACAUAUGGCAGCAUGUGAAGAUGAAAGGCUGGCCGAGCUUGCAAUGAACCUUGAGAGGGAACGCGAGACUUACUUGGAGGCAGUGGCAGUGCUGCACGAGCAGCUGCGCGAGUCGCACGCACAGUGCCAGCACCUGGUUGACUCCCACGCGGAGCUGACGCGGGAGCUGGAGGCCGAGGCCGACGACGGCUGGCAGGAGGCGAAGCUGUGGCAGAGGAAGUACCUGACCACCUGCAAGAUACUCAAGUCCUCAGGAAUUAAGGUUCCCGACGUCUCGAACCUGGCGACGGUCGACAGCGUCUCCAUCGUCUCGAGCCCUAACAUGGCCAACCUUACGGUCGUUCAGAACAGGGACGACAAGGCGGCGGCCCCUGAGCAGAACGCGUACGUUUCCGAGAACGUCUACGGCUCCGACAGUCAAAUGACGAGCGCCGAAAACGCAUACGGCUCCGCGGAGAACGUUUACGGCGUAAACGGCUCAGGCUCCGGGAAGAAGAUCAAGACCAUCGGGAAGACCGACGACCUGCCGCUCGAGAACUACGGGGGCACGUGGGUGUACACGCUGAGCGACAACUUCGAGGACCUCGAGAACCUCAACUUCCAGAACCUGCCAGUGUUCCCGAUGGCUGGCGCAGGCGGCAAGAACAGGGACUGCCCGAAGAGCGUUUGGAUAAACCUCAAGACCCCCAGGCGGUUCUCCUGCCAGCGAGUCGACUACGUGCGCGACAACUCCUACGAGCCGCUAAAUAAGACUUUGGAAUUGCUAAAAUAUGUAGACUAUUGA